ACUCUCUUAAACUUUCUCUCUCUAUACAAGCAACUAUAUAUUUUGUAUCCAUAGGUUUCGCGAUUUUUUACAUCUUUAGGGUUUCACUAUUGUGACGGGUCGGUCCCAUCAACCAAUUCCCAUCACCCGAACCCAACCCGCACCACGUAUUGAGAUCCAGGUUUUGUAUUGGAUUCUUAUGGUGCAUUCUCUAGGUUUAGUCUUGUAAUUUUACCGUUUCCUGUCCAGUCUUGUGUUUGGGAGCUUUGGAUUCAAUCUAGGGUUUGCCGGUUCGGAUAUUGCUCCCAUCUUUGGAAUCGGAAAAAAAAAAAAAUUUAGAUAUUAAUAGAAUGAUUGUUGAAGUUAGGGUUUUGUUUUUUUUUUUUUUUAAUUGAAUUGAAAUUCUGGUAGAAUUCAGCUCUGAGUUGAGUGGGAAAAAUAAAAUAUCGCAAUUAUGUUGGUGUUGUAAUUAAGAUUUGGAAACGUGGACAUCAUUAUUUUUUAUUGGAUACACAGAAAAGAUAUAUAUUUUGGAAUCUUUUGAAAGUUUGGGCUGUUAAUAGCAGAUAAUUGGGUUUGAAUUAAAAGAAGGUUAAUAUGUGCAGAACUCGGGAGUUUAAUUCAUGGCUCCAACUAUUCCUAUAGAGUACACUGAACGGAGGGAAUUGAAUAAGUGCUCGGACACUGGAGUAUCUGUUACUAUGGGGAAAACCCGGAAAGUUUCAAAGGGCUAUUCUUCUGGUUUUGUGCCAGAUUAUAGGCAUGCGGUUGAGACAGUGGCUGAAUCUGAAGGUUUUGGAAGUGCGGUUAGAGUUAACACUGAAAUGGCAGCUUUGGAGGAUUUGUAUGAUCCAAAAAGAAAGUGUAUUAGCUUAAAUGUUAAUGAUUAUGAUAGCUUUAAUGUACCAAUUAAGGUGAUGUCUCUUUCUGAGAUGUCGCAAUUGGAGAGGAGGGAUUUGGAGAUGAAGUUGAAAAAGGAGCUUGCACAAGUUAAGAUGCUUCAGACAAAGAUAGCUUCAAUGGGCUCAAAUGCUAUGAGGUCUUCACCUCCUAGUGACAUACAUAGCUAUAGUGAAGGACUAAAAAGACCCAUUGCUGUGGAAAGUUAUCCUAUGUCUAUAAAUAAAAUGACUGCAGCACCAGGGAAGAAAAAGUUUCCUCUGGGAAGAAAUGGGCCUCGCACAAAAGGUGGGGUUGUAGAAGGUAGGCAUACAGGAUCUGUGAAGCAGGGGCUGCCACGGAAUACCAAUUUUGUGAUGAUGAUGAAACAGUGCGAGACAUUGCUAAAUCGGUUGAUGGCACAUCAGUAUGGUUGGGUCUUCAAUGAACCUGUUGAUACUGUAAAAUUGAAUAUUCCAGAUUACUUCAAUGUUAUUAAGCAUCCAAUGGAUUUGGGCACAAUAAAAAAAAAGUUACAUUCGGGUGGAUAUUCCAGUCCGAUGGGGUUUGCUGCGGAUGUGAGGCUCACAUUCGAAAAUGCAUUGACUUACAACCCGCGUGGAAAUGAUGUCCAUUUAAUGGCAGAGACAAUGAAAAAGUUCUUUGAAGUGAGAUGGAAACCAAUUGAGAAGAAGAUUCCCAUAAUGGCAGAUGAAUCCCAACCUUCAAGAUCAAGCGUUAUUAUAGAAGCUGAAACUGCCUCUUCUAUGCCUGCUACUAAAAAGCAGAAAAGUAUAUCAGCUGAAAACAAGGUCAAGCAAAAAUCAGUUAAGCAUGCUAUGAGUGAUGUCGAGAAGCAAAGACUGGGCAGAGAAUUAGAGACCUUACUGGCAGAAUUACCUGACAAUAUUAUUGAUUUUUUGAAAGAGAGUAGUUUGAAUGGGAAUCAAGUGAGUGAGGAUGAGAUUGAAAUUGAUAUUGACACUCUCGGCGAUGAUACUCUUUUCACACUACGAAGGCUGUUGGAUGAGUAUCUACUGGAAAAGCAAAAAAAUCAAGCAACAGCUGUGCCAUGUGAAAUGGAGAUUCGAAAUGACUCAGGAUUGAGCAAUUCAUCUGUGGAACCUUGCAAGGACAAGGAACCAGCUCACGAGGAUGAAGAUAUCGGUGGGAUUGAUCCUCCUAUCUUAAGUUUCCCUGCCUUGGAAACUGAGGACAUUACCGAAAGGAACAGGAAAUGCAGUAGUUCAAGUAGCUCCAGUAGUGGGUCAGGUUCCUCAUCCAGUGAUGUGAGAAGUUUUGCCGAUGGUGAAUCGGAUAACGUUCAAGGUUCAGUUCCUGGAGGUACUGCAAAGGAAACAUUAGUUUCUGAAUUGAAUUUGGAGCAGAAGAAAGAUGAUAUGGGUGGUCUAGAUACUGGAGAGUCCUUGGAUGGCCAUGCUGAGCAACAGUCCCUGUCCAACUUCGUCUCUGUUGAGCCUAACAUUCCUGAAGAGGGGGAGAGUGCUCCACCUGAGAGGCAAGUCUCCCCUGAAAAGCUGUACCGAGCAGCUUUGUUGAGAAGUCGAUUUGCUGAUAUUAUAAUCAAAGCUCAAGAGAAUACCCUUGAAAAGGGUGAAAAGCAGGAUCCCGAGAAGUUGAGGCUGGAAAUGGAAGAGCUUGAACGACGGAGAAAAGAAGAGAAAGCUCGUUUGCAAGCUGAAGCCAAGGCUGCAGAAGAAGCUCGUAGAAAAGCCGAAAUAGAAGCUGCAGCAGAAGCCAGAAGGCAGAGAGAACUUGAAAGGGAAGCUGCACGUCAGGCUCUGCUGAAGAUGGAGAAGACAGUUGAUAUCAAUGAGAAUAGUCAGUUUAUGGAAGAUUUAGAAAUGUUCAGAGCUGCUCCGGAUGAGCAUUUACAAAGCUUAAUCGAGGAGACAAGCCCUGAACACUCCCAAAAUGGUCUUGGAAGUUUCAAAUUUCAGGCCAGUAGUAAUCCACUGGAGCAACUUGGAUUAUACAUGAAGAUGGACGAUGAAGAGGAAGAAGAAGGUGAGCCCAAAAGCACUCCUGAUGCUCCCAAUGAUCCGGAGGAAGGAGAGAUCGAUUGAUUUAAAGUGAUAUUUAAUGUAGAUAACGCAGAUCUCGAUGUAUCCUUAAACUUUCUGCAUCCUGUCCAGGGUCUGGGAAAAGUAUCGUCCAUCAGUAUCUGUCCGUCCUUCGGUUUUGUUCUUUAUGUUUCAUUUACUUUGGUGGUUCUGUAGAAAUGGAAAAUAUGUGGCUAGCAGUAGUGACCAGUCAAGAGCGGAGGUAGAGAGAAGUUUUAUGAUCGUAGAUUGCCAGAAAGGAAAUUCAUUUUUAGGGGUGUGAGCCUAUGUCUCUCUUGCUAUUCAUGCGCGUAGUCUAUUUCAAUCUUCUGCCUUGGUGUUAUGUUUAUUCAUAUUUGAGACAUCUGCCGAAGGCUGAUAUUUAUGUUUAGGAGUGUUACCUUUCUUUC